UUAGAUUGAAUUCUGCUGUCUGUCAAUUCUCUAAGUUAGCAACUAGCAUCGGUAUGACACCUGAAGGAGUGGCAAGAAGAGUCAGCAAAUUUCACAGUGAGAACAAGCUCUAAAAAAUUUUCUUCAAAGGGAAACCUUUACGUUUGAGGUUAAAACGUAUUUCUCUAAUGGAUGUCUGACAGCAGCCGCGGAUGGCCCUCUGUGGUUACUGUGGGACCUGCUAAUGUGAGAACUCCUCCAUUCUGAGUCUAUGACCGAGUAAUGAACCUGAACCCAUUCGGGAGCAUGUCUGCAAACACAAGUCGGAAGAGAUCGGAUGAGGAGCAGAGCGGGCACACGGACCAGAGAGCCAGCCCAGCCCGGACUCACUUCGGUAAAAAGGUUCUUCCACCCAUUCCUAAGAAUGCAACCCCGAUCACCAAGCCUGCAUCAAUGGCCGCUGCAGCCCACUCAGCCAAUGGCACACAUGCUUCCUAUGGCCCCUUCUACCUGGAGUACUCUCUGCUGGCAGAGUUCACACUCGUGAUUAAGCAGAAACUUCCUGGAAUUUAUGUCCAGCCAUCCUACAAGUCGGCACUUAUGUGGUUUGGGGUCAUAUUCAUCAGGCAUGGAUUAUAUCAGGAUGGGGUCUUCAAAUUCACUGUGUAUAUUCCAGACAACUAUCCAGAUGGGGAGUGUCCUAAAUUGGUAUUUGACACCCCAGUGUUCCACCCUCUCGUGGACCCAGUAUCUGGAGAGCUGGAUGUCAGAAGAGCUUUCACCAAAUGGAGACGGAAUCACAACCACAUCUGGCAGGUCUUGAUGUAUGCACGUACAGUUUUUUACAAGAUCAACACAACGGAGCCAUUUAACCCAGAAGCUGCAGUGCUGUAUGAAAAAGAUGUGCAGCUGUUCAAAAGCAAAGUUGUGGACAGUGUCAGACUAUGCAACAGUCAUCUUUUUGACCCGCCUAAGAUAGAUGAUCCCUACGCAAUAAGUUUCUCUCCAUGGAACCCAGCAGUGCACGAAGAGGCAAAAGAGAGGAUGUUCGCACACAAAAGACGGCCUGAGGAUCACCACAAAGGAACUCAUGUGUCAGGGUUAUCCUGGGUGAAACCCGGCUCCACCCAGCCCUUCAGCAAAGAAGACGGUCCUCCUCAGAGCUGAGAGUGCACUGCCUCUGCCUUGCCACUAGAUGGAGACGAACAUUACCCACUCCACCAAUGGCUCCCCUCAGUCGUUUGUGUAGUGGUCUCUUGGAAUGGUUGGGAGAACAUUACUUCUAUCUCCACUUUAUUACUCAGCUUUAAAAGCUCCUUAGGCUGCUCAUGACACAGCUGUAGAAGCAUAGUUUUGUGUCAUGUGCAAAUUGAAAAUGACAAAUGGAUACGUCAGCUACAUCGUUCAGGCUGUGAUGCAAUCAAAGUGCAUUGUCUCUCAUAUUCUGCUCCAUGCACAUUUAGUUAGAUGGGAAGUUAGUCCCAAAAGGAGGUUUCUGGACGAGAAAUGCACUUUGUAUCCAUAUGUUAGGUUUAGAGGACUGCUUGAUUGAAACCACUUGGGAAAUUGGCGUAGGACUGUAUUUGUCAAACAAAAGUUAUUUUGGUUACAGCAGGAGGACAGAAAAUGUUCACAUCUUCCCAUAAUCCUCCAAAUUACGCUUUCUUAUCCUCGGUGCACACUGUCCUGCAUGUUUAGGAAGCCUCCCUGCUCUCAAUCUUUUUAAGGGCUUAAUUCUGAAGCACCCUGCUGUUUUACUAUAACUUGGAGUCAGGUUUGCUAAAUGUUCAUACAUGCAGGACGUUGUGGGCUGAAGACCAGGAAAAGAUUUUGUUUUUAAUUGGCCAACGGUUUAUUUUUAUCUUGGUUGUGUUUUACAGAA